UCAAAGAGUCCAAAUACAAAAGUGGGAGGAAUCGUAUUUGACAAUAAUGCUUGGUUUACAGGCGGCAACACAUUUUUAUUGACUUAUAGGGCCAACAUUCGACAUGAAAAUGCAUCUGAAGAAAUCUGUAGUAAUUAAUACAAUGUCAUUUGAAAAGUGAAUAGAUUAAUUCAUUUUCGUUUGAGACGUAAUAUGUCGGAAAACCGGGAUCUUAAUCUCGGGAAGACGGAAGGAAUUCAGCGUGAUACAUCUUCAAAUAAUUCAGACAGCGACGAAGAACAACAAAGGAGGCCUAUCUUGCAGCAUCGCACAGAACUAAGAAUAAUGGCAGAGAACAAUGAACAGCCAGAUAACAAUGAGAAUAGUGAAGAAACAGAAGGACAAACUCCCCCUCUGUUACGACGAGCGUCCUCAUACUACACACCCUAUCUGGAGGACAGACUCCGCAGAAAACUCAAGUUUUAUUUCAUGGGUCCACAUGAAAAGUAUAAGGCAAAGAAGAAGUGUCCAUGGAAACUGCUGUUACAGAUCCUGAAGAUUAUCAUUGUCACAAUACAGUUGGUCAUAUUUGGAUAUGAGCGAUCAGAGUUUGUCGGAUAUGUUGAGAAAAACAACUUAGCUCUGAAACACCUUUAUCUGAAUAAAUGGGACCCGAGCUACGAGACGAUGCCUUAUCCUCCAGCGACUGGGCAAUAUGCCAUCUAUGAUAUUCCAGAUCUUCUUGAUUAUAUCAACUAUGCAGUAGAACGGUUCAACAAGACAGAGGAACUUGCUCUAGGGUCAGUAAGAUUCGUUCACAACAAGGACGGCCUUAUCCACCCAAUGUCUUUCUGCAGUAUUCACUACCGUAAGGGGGAAAUCUUUGAGAACAACGACACAUAUUCCUUAGAUUCACAAACAGUCACAGAUUGCACAGAGCUGAUUCUAAACAGCGACAAGUUUGAUAUAUUAGACUAUCUGAGAAGUAAAAAUAUGACUAUAAAGUUUGACAGGAUUUUGAAAAUUGAGCUGCGGUUUCACCUAAAAUCUUACCAUUUAGAUAUUGACAAUGGCCUUAUUGCACCGGAAUGCUUCAAAGUUACAGGAAAGGUGGUGUUUGAUGACAGUUCAAGGAACGGUCAGAUGUUGAUAGAUCUAGUCACCGCUCUACAUGAAAUUGACUGCAAAGGCGAAUACUCCUUCCAAGAAGCUGAAGCACGUCAGAGGAUAGGAAAUACCAUUUUUGACAUCUUUGUUAUACUGAUCAGUGUGUUGUCCAGUGUUUUGUGUGCACGGUCAGUGAUUAGAGGUCUACAGCUACAGAAGGAGACUGUGACUUUUUUCAAGAAACGCUACAGGAAGGAUCUACCUACCUCAGACAAAUUGGAGUUUGUUAACUUUUGGUACAUAAUGAUCAUUCUCAAUGACAUUUUAUCUGUUGUUGGAUCAUCACUGAAGAUAACUAUAGAAAACAGGCAUGCAUCAAGCUCGUCGGAAAACUAUGAUCUGUGUGGACUGAUGCUGGGCACAGGAAACCUCCUGGUGUGGCUUGGAGUCUUACGAUAUAUUGGCUUCUUUAAAACAUUCAAUAUUCUUGUGAUUGUACUGAAGAAGGCUUUCCCUGAUAUCAUUAGAUUCCUCGUGUGUGCUCUCAUCAUUUAUGCUGGCUUCAUGUUUGCGGGAUGGGUCGUACUCGGCCCCUACCACAUAAAGUUCCGACAUAUAAGUACAGCAUCAGAGUGUUUAUUUUCUCUGCUUAACGGCGAUGACAUGUUUGUGACAUUCUCAGCCACCGUAACGGACAACAACCUCGUCUGGUACUACAGUAGGAUUUACCUAUAUCUGUUCAUCUUACUCUUCAUCUGCGCAGUUCUUAAUCUCUUCACUGGUGUCAUACUGGAUACCUAUGAAAUCAUUAAAGAGUAUGCUAAAGAAGAUUCAUUCCCCAAAAGUGCCUUGGACUUGUUUAUAGAGGAGUGCAGUGACCCGCCGUCGUCACAUGCAUACAGACGAGAGGAUCGUAGCUGUAAUCCAUUGUCUAGCUGUCUAUGCUGUUGUAUCAGGGGUGAUCCGGACCGACCAAACGAAUACACAAGUCUUCUGAAUUAAACAAACUAUCGCGAGACUUAUUCAUAGACAGAAUUUACCAUAUGUUUCAAGCAAUAAGCUUUUGCCUAGCUUGUAAUGAACCCAUUCAUAUACAUUAGGUUCUAUGAAUUAUCAUUAGAUAUAAUAUAUGUCCAGCCAGCCCUGUCAAUGGGUCAGAGGUCAUAUGUUGGACCCCUGGGCUUACUGUAUGUACAGGAUAAUAUGGUUUGUACAGAGGACAUU